AUGGGAAGCAAGAAGAUAAAGAUAUUAUGUGAGAUUGCUGAAGAAUGUCGAUUGUCUCCUAGAACAGGGGAAGGUGGGGCUGGUGCGGAUGAAGAUGUUCCAGAGGCGGACAUUGAUUCGCUCGACGAGUGGUUUCUCUCGGAUCAGGAAGAUGAUGACUCCAUUGAAGGAUCAGACAUUGAGCUUGAGAUACUUACAACUAUGCCGCUGCCUACGUUUGCCGUCACUAUGACGCGGACAUUGAAGGAUAAUCAUCUCGUGAUCCCCGACGAUUUUUGGGCUGCACACAUUGCCAAGGAAGGGCAUCAGUUUGAGGCGUUGUUCACAGUAUACUACAAAACGUGGGAGAUGCGAGUGACCAAGCAAAACGACAAUUACUUUGUUCAUGGUGGAUGGCUUCGUUUCAUCCGUGACAACGACAUUAAGGUUGGCUGCCAUUGUGUGUUCCAGCCUGUGGAUUAUAGAGAGCUCCACUUCCGUGUGACGUUGGUGCAAGCUAUGUGAACAGUUGCCCUUUUGUUAGGCUAUUUUGCUAUGGUAUGUAAUAGACGGAUGUGUAGUAUGAACUAAUUGAAGCUAGACUUGUUUAGUCGUAUGGUUCUUUUUUUUUCGUGUCAAUAUAUGCUACAAUGUUUU